AUGAAUGUCUAUGAGCCACAAGACUUGUCCAUAAGAGGCUUUGCUCCCCCGAAUCUUUUGGGCUCGACAAUGCAAAUACCACCAGUCACGUCCGACUCGGAUCCACUGGUGAGCAUGCUGUCCGAUCCGAUUGGGCUAAUGUUUCUGCAAUUGUUGCAGCAACUCCAGACGGUUCAACAACAAGAAACCCUGCCAUGUACGGUGCCAGAUAGAAGGGAGCUCGAAAAUGCUAUUCAAAGAACAGUCCAAGAGCAUCUUCCUUGUAAGAAAUCAAAAUUUUCAAUCCAUGGAGAGUUGCAAAUUACAGUUGAUUCUAAAGCACCUGCCACUGUGAAAAUAAAUUCUUCUUCACAUUCAGCGUCAAAGCGAAAGUCUUAUAUGCCUGUUAGAAUGCUUCACACUCCCUCUUCUUUGACAGAUUAUGUCAAUACACACUCAGAAGCACUCGAUCUCUCCCCCUCAGGUUCAGCCCACUCAAAUGACUCUUCACCUGUCACCCCUGUGAAAUCCGAUUUUACAAGUGCCUUUAACAACCAAUACGAAAGGAAAGAUGCUCCUGGUAAAAUAAUUUCAUUUGCAAAACGUCGAAUUUCUGUCGGACGUCGAAAUUUUCCUUGUAAUCAAUGCAAUCAAAUGGAGUUCUAUUCACUUCAACAACUGGAAGAGCACACCAGGGUCUCCCAUGGUAGUUAUCGUUGUCAUAUCUGCAGUCGUACCUUCACUCAGCGUUCCAAUCUCCAACGUCACGCUCUGAAACAUGUUGGUUUCAAGCCGUUCCAAUGUGCCCUUUGUCUGCAGGGCUAUUACCGUAAAGAUCAUUUGAUGAGACACAUGGAAGUCAACCAUCCAGCUGUCAAUCCCCGUGAAAAUAUUAAGGUCUUUUUAUCGUCUUCAAAGAGUCUCGAAUAUCUCAAUACUACCCAAUCUGCCAUUAGCAGCAUUUCCUCCCUCCUUCCCAUUGGACCAGAACAGCUUAAAUUUGAGAAGGCAGUUGAUCGAAAAAGCAGGGAAUCAUGCUGA